GAAAGUAGACGGACUCCGUCCAGACGACUUUUGUAGACAUUUGAUGCUCGAAACAGUCGAGGUAAUAACUGAAGAUAUUAGCCUACAGAACUGUGUAACAACGCCUAUGCCUUAUGCCUACCAAGAUGGAAGCAACAUUUUACGACGAGUCUGUAAAAGCCGCUAAUUCUCAGCACGACGGGAUGACGGGAGGGUACGGAUUCAACCCGAAGACCCUCAAACAGACCAUGACGUUGAACCUCAACGACCCAAAGAAUUACAAACCCGGGCUCCGCUCCAAGGCCAUCGACAUCCUGACGUCUCCCGACGUCGGAUUGCUGAAACUGGCCUCGCCUGAGUUGGAGAGACUAAUCAUCCAGUCGUGCACCGGGCUGACGACUCCCACCCCGACCCAGUUCAUAUGUCCCAAAAACAUCACGGACGAGCAGGAGGGCUUCGCCGACGGGUUCGUCCGCGCCCUGGCAGAGCUCCACUACCAACAGAUGCCCAACAUGAGCUCCGACGCACAGACAAAUGUGCCAAGCGCCAUGGGCGCCGUGGCGCAGAGCGCGUCCGAGGAGGGCGGCGUACAAUACAGCUGCACGGUGCGCCCCGAGCACCCACCGGAAUAUACCAACUUGGGCACUUUCAGUCGGGCUGGUGGCUCUGCGUCGGCACCUACUGGCGAAAGACAGAUCACCUCUUCGAACUAUCCCACCGCGCAGUCCUCCCAGAGUCGACUCGAAGCCCAGCUGGCGGCGCAGCACGCACGGCUACAGGCGUUCAAAGAGGAGCCCCAGACGGUGCCCGAGAUGUCCGGCGACUCCCCGCCGCUGUCGCCCAUCGACAUGGUGAGCCAGGAGCGGAUCAAAGCCGAGAGGAAGCGCAUGAGGAACAGAGUCGCGGCGUCCAAAUGCCGGAAAAGGAAGUUGGAGAGGAUCUCUCGGCUGGAGGACCGGGUGAAAAACCUUAAAACCCAACACACCGAGUUGGUGUCCUCCGCAAACGUGCUCCGGGACGAGCUGGCCUUGCUGAAGCAGAAGGUGAUGGACCACGUGAACAGCGGCUGCCAGCUGAUCCUCACCCAGCAGGUCGGGACGUACUGAGGGCCAGGGCGACAUGGACCCGGCGUGGGGGGGGGGUGGGUGUGCACUUCACUAACCCUUCACAACGAGACAGUUCAGCGUGUGUUGGGGGACCAACACGCAGCUCCGAGUGGCGUGUCGUGCACCCUGACAGAAUGGAGACAGAAUAAACUUUUUUGGAGUCAUGUUAACUCCCAGCAUUACAGGCCUGGUCCCACUUGUCUUCCAGUUUCUAUUUACUGUCCAUGCGUUCGGUUCUUCUACCACUUCUCUUCUCUCACCAGCGACCAUUUGUACAGAGCACGAUAACGUUUCCUACCUUUUACACGGGAAGAACGACUAGAGGUGUUUACUGACAACUUGCCUUGUUUUCUUAACUUUUACAUCGAUACAAAUUGUAAUAUAGACGUAGCGUCGAUUAGACCCAAACUGUUACUUUUUACUAUUUUUAUGCAGUCAUUUUGAGCACUUCAGCAUUUGUAAAUAUGAUGUAAUAAACAUUAGACACAUAUAUGACCUGUG